UCUGGUGCGCUGUGCGAGGGAGCUUGGUGUGUAGUUCACGACAGCUGUGGUGACCCUGCCGGGUAGAGUUACCCUCGGUGCCUUCGUACAGGCCAGGAAGGAACCAGGAUGGCCUGGGCUCUGAAGCUGCCACUGGCGGAUGAAGUGAUCGAGUCUGGGCUGGUGCAGGACUUUGAUGCUAGCCUGUCCGGCAUUGGCCAGGAACUGGGUGCCGGUGCUUAUAGCAUGAGUGAUGUCCUUGCAUUGCCCAUUUUUAAGCAAGAAGAGUCAAGUUUGCCUCCUGAUAAUGAGAAUGAAAUCCUACCUUUUCAGUAUGUUCUUUGUGCGGCUACCUCUCCAGCAGUGAAACUCCACGAUGAAACCUUGACAUAUCUCAAUCAAGGACAGUCUUAUGAAAUCCGAAUGCUAGACAAUAGGAAACUUGGAGAACUUCCAGAAAUCAAUGGCAAGUUGGUGAAGAGCAUAUUUCGGGUAGUGUUCCAUGACAGGCGGCUGCAGUACACUGAGCAUCAGCAGCUGGAAGGCUGGAGGUGGAACCGGCCUGGAGACAGGAUUCUCGACAUAGAUAUUCCAAUGUCUGUGGGUAUCAUUGAUCCCAGGGCGAAUCCUACCCAGCUGAAUACAGUGGAGUUCCUGUGGGACCCUGCAAAGAGGACAUCUGUGUUUAUUCAGGUGCACUGCAUUAGCACAGAGUUCACUAUGAGGAAGCAUGGUGGAGAAAAGGGGGUGCCAUUCCGAGUACAAAUCGACACCUUCAAGGAGAAUGAGAAUGGGGAGUACACGGAGCACUUGCACUCAGCCAGUUGCCAGAUCAAGGUCUUCAAGCCUAAAGGUGCAGAUAGAAAACAAAAAACAGAUAGAGAGAAAAUGGAGAAACGCACACCUCAUGAAAAAGAAAAAUACCAACCUUCCUAUGAGACAACCAUACUCACAGAGUGUUCUCCUUGGCCUGAGAUCACCUAUGUCAGCAAUUCCCCAUCACCUGGCUUCAACAGUUCCCAUAGCAGUUUCUCUCUUGGGGAAGGAAAUGGCUCACCAAACCACCAGCCAGAACCACCCCCUCCAGUCACUGACAACCUCUUGCCAACAACCACGCCUCAGGAAGCCCAACAGUGGUUACAUCGAAACCGGUUUUCCACAUUCACAAGGCUCUUCACCAACUUUUCAGGGGCAGAUUUAUUGAAACUAACAAGAGAUGAUGUGAUCCAGAUCUGCGGCCCUGCAGACGGAAUCAGACUUUUUAAUGCAUUAAAAGGCAGGAUGGUGCGUCCAAGGCUAACCAUUUAUGUCUGUCAGGAAUCGGUGCAGUUGAGGGAGCAGCAGCAGCAGCCACCACCGCCACAACAGAAGCAGGAAGAUGGAGAUUCAAAUGGUACUUUCUUCGUGUACCAUGCUAUCUAUCUAGAAGAAUUGACAGCUGUUGAAUUAACAGAAAAAAUUGCUCAGCUUUUCAGUAUUUCUCCUCACCAGAUCAGCCAGAUUUACAAGCAAGGGCCAACCGGAAUCCAUGUGCUCAUCAGUGACGAGAUGAUACAGAACUUUCAGGAAGAAGCCUGUUUUAUUCUGGACACAAUGAAAGCAGAAACCAGUGAUAGCUAUCACGUCAUUCUGAAGUAGGAAGAACAUUCCACAUUUGCUGGCUGCUGCUCCCUUCCUCUGACGGAUGCCCUUUUGAAGGGGAUAUGACUGAAGAUUGAAGGUCUUCUGGAACCCAGCUUAUAUGAAUGUUGGGGGAUGCGUACUGGGUGACCAGGCCCUAAAGUGGAAUCCUAGCCCCCUGUAUUGGCCCGAGUUGUAUGGCACCCUCAGAUCCCUGCCAGGCGUGGAGUUCAGCAACGAUCUGCUUAGUUUCUGGCCCUUGAUGGAUACCAGUAUGAUCACCCAUCAUUAGGGUGUACAGAGGGAUGAGUGGUAAUGGGAGUAUGGGAGUGGUAUAAUGUUUGAUGGGGAGAUCUUUAAUUUUGUGACAGAGCUCUUGCCAUUUUUCUUUUUUUGUUUGUUGUUUUUUUGAGACAGAGUUUCUCUGUUUAACAGCCCUGGCUGUCCUGGAACUCACUCUGUAGACCAGGCUGGCCUCCAACUCAUAGAUAUCUGUCUGCCUCUGCCUCCCAAGUGCUCAGACUAAAGGUGUGCACCACCACCACCCCACCAUUUUUCUAAUAUAAAAGUGAACAUUUGUAUUCAUAAAGCUAAGUUAUCAGUCUC